AUGUCCUCGAGGAGCGCAGCUGCCGAGUCACGAUGUUUGGGCGGAGCGCGGUGCAAUGUAUGCGUCGCGUGGCGGUGGGGAAGAACACAGCAGCAGCAAGUAAAGCUAUCAGAGCGUCGCAGCGAGCAGCGCGAGAAGCGAGUGCAAGGUCGACGAUGGCUGCACAGUCGCAGUCGCAGGCACGAGCACGAGCACGAGCACGAGCACGAGCACGAGCAAGGCUGCAGCUCCUUUACCAGCUCUACUCGCGCUUUCACUUCCUCCUCCUCGUGCUCUGCCUCUUCCCCUGCAGCGCACAACGGCGAUGAUGCGCAACAGUCGACAACGGCCGCAACCGAUUCUCCACGAUCUCAGCGACUUCGAGCGCCUGCAGUGCACGCUUCCUCGCUCACUUCGCGCUGGUCCACCGCAAAGUCAGCUUCAAGCGGAAUCGGUCCCAUCCUCUCGCAUCCCGCGCCUGCUCCGUCUGGCUCCUCCUCCUCCUCCUCCUCCCAAGGCAACGGCAACGGCAACGGCAAUGAGGAUCUGUCUUCAUCGCUCGGCAGACACUUUUACCUCAACAAGGCGUUGGAGAGCUACGCUUCUAGACCCAGCACGCGCAUCACGCUCAGACAACUCGUCUUUUUUGGAAGGAGGGUGCUCAAUGAGAGCAGAGAUGCGCCUGCUGUUGGCUCGGCCAACUACGUGCGACAGGAACUGCCUAUCCGCUUGGCUCACCGCAUACGUGACCUGCAGGCGUUGCCGUUCGUGGUGAUGACCAACAAGCAUCUGGGCCAAGUCUACAAUAAAUAUUGGCACGCCUUUGAGACGUUUAGGCGAUUCCCUGCUAUCCGCACCAUGGAGGACAAUGAGGCGUUUUGCUCGACGCUCAAAGCGGCCCUGACAGAUCACCUCACCAUCAUUCCUUCCCUCACGCUGGGCAUCGUCGAAGAGUCGGACCAUCUAUCCGCACAGAGGCUGGAUAGGUUCAUGGAGCGCAUGCUCAGAAGUCGCAUCGCUCGACGCGUGCUUGCCGAGCAGCACAUUGCUCUAUCGGAAGCCCUCGACGACCCAUUCCACUUUUUCGACACUCCCUCGCAAGCAUCGACACCGGCAGCGGCAGACGGCGAGCAUGUUGGCAUCAUCUACACGUCGUUGUGCGUCUCGGACGUGGUGCGCAAGGGCAUCAAGCUGCUCAGGGACAUGUUUGCGAGAGAGACUGGAAGGAAUGCGAGCGACGAAUGGAUCCCCAUCGUGGCGCUGGACGGUGACUUGGAGGCCAGGUUCGCGUACAUACCCGAACAUCUCGAAUACAUUAUCUUUGAGCUGCUCAAGAACGCAAUGUCGGCAGUCAUGAAGCGUCCCAUGGAGGAGCGCGAUGAGAUACCCAUUCGCGUAACCAUUGUGGAAGGCCCGCCUGAUGAAGACCUCAUCGUGCGGAUAUCUGAUUGUGGCGGCGGCCUGCCUGACCUCGUCGAGUCGCUGGCAUCGCACGACACUUUUCAGUCCUGGAGACCCCUCUUGCCGGGCAACGUGGCACCCAAGGCGUCGGCGCAUGCACAUCCCAUCUUGGCAGCGGCAGCAGAAGGCAGGGAGAUGCCACCGGCAUCGGACGACGAGUUGCCAGCUGGUUCGCUGGACGCUACUGCUGCUGCUGCUGCUGCUGUGCCGGCUCCUGCGCCGCGACGAGCGUACCCGGAGCCUCACAAGAAAGCCGACGUGACGUCGGGCGAUCGUGCGCUGAUCGACGUUUUGACCAGCUUUUCAAGCGUCAGAAAGAGGCUGGAGCUGGAGCAUGUGCUCAGGGAUCGACGAGGAGAGCAGAGAAAGUUGGCGCCGCCUGGAUUGGCUGUCAGCGAAGGUUACCGCAUUACGGAUACAGGUCUAGGGAGCAGACAGAGGCUCGAGGCCCUGAAAAGCACAAAGGAGUUCAAAGGCACCGUUGCGGAACAAAUGGCGAAUGCGAGCGCUGCUCUCCAGCCUGCGUGGUUGCCGCGAGGCGACGACGGCACGUCUGCCCACGUCAUGCGCAAAGAGACUGGAUUGGGCUUACCAAUGACGAGGAUAUACACCGAGUUUCUGGGAGGCAGAUUGACACUUCGUAGCGUCGACGGGGGCGGGCUGGACGUCUACUUGCGCCUACAGAAACUCGGAGACAAGCAGGAGCAAAUCGACGACAUUGAAUUGUAG